UUUCACUAUAAAAACGCAAGAAACGUUCCAACUGUUAAGAAAAACCGCAAUUUUAUGUUUUAUUAGUAUCAUCGUUCAGAGCUAGAUGGCCCCAGUGAUAAUUGUUAUUCACGCAUAAACGAUAAACGUGGUUGAUUGUCAAGAUAAAAACAAAUCAAAAUGUAUUAUUAUAAAUACUAAUAGAACGCGAGUUUAUAAAUAGAAAUUGAAGGGAAAAAGAAAAAGAAACUGAAUGGCGGUAUAUAUUUAAUAAAUUACUGAAAUUAAUCCUCUUAUUUCUGACAGUGAAUGUUGUCACCUAAAUAAUUCAAACAAAAUGAUGUCGAUUACGGCAAAAGAUUCAGAAGUUAAAGAGGUUGAUGGUAGAGGUACAAUUAAAGUUAUAGAUCGUCCAACGUUUAUAUUAAAAACUAGAGAAGGCGAAAAUAGAGCUGUUUCACCAAGUCAACGUAAUGGUGGUAACAAGAAAGAAUCAGAUACCUCCACUAAUGCUCCAUCAAAAAUACAAGAUGCUGUACGUACCAUAUUGCCAAUCUGUCCUGAAAUGACUAGUUGUGUAAAGUUUAUGGAUGAAAAUAUGCAACUUUGUGAAAAUCCUCUUGAAUUCUUAUAUGAUCAACAAGAUUUCUUAGUGAUCGGAUGCUUAGGAGCUCAGGGUGUUGGAAAAUCAACUAUAAUGUCUUUACUGACAUCUAGUUAUGCGUCUGAUAUAUUUCCAAUUCAAGAUAUAUCUCAUCAUGAAAGCGGUGCAAAUUGCACUUCUGGUAUUGAUUUUUUUAUAACAAAAAACAGAGUGAUAUAUUUAGAUACACAACCUAUACUUUCUGGAUCAACAAUAGAUUAUUCUGCUUGUUAUGAUCAAAAGAAAUCUACAACAGACUUUGUAAAUGCAGAAACUAAUUUAGAAUUACAGUCUUUACAAUUUGCUGCAUUCCUUUUUUCUGUAUGUCAUGUCAUCAUUUUUGUACAAGAUUGGUUUAUUGAUCCAAAUUUAGUUAGGUUUUUACAAACAGCAGAAAUGUUAAAACCAUCCUCAACAAGUAAUAUGGAUCAAGAUUAUGUUGAAUACUAUCCACACAUUGUAUUCUUACAUAACAAAGCUGAACUCGAAGAUUUCACCCCAAAUGCAAUGGAAAAAAUCAAGGAAUUUUACAGUAAAGUAUUUUCCAGUUCUAGAUUACAAAUUAAUAGCGGUUUGGAUAUGAGUAAUCACUCGAUGGAGGCGGGCUUGAACUUAUUUUUUAUACCGCGAAUUGUAAACCACGAAGAACCAACUAUGCAUCACAAUGAAAAGAAACUAAUAGAGAAAUUAAAAACCAAAAUACACGGAGUUAACAGAAAUCCAAUGACGCCAUCAACGUUAACCGAAAAAAACUGGUAUCAUUACGUUUCCAGAGUAAUGGAAGCAAUUAAAAAGAGCCAUCUUUCUUCAGAAUAUGGAAGAUUAAUGCCGUAAUCGUUAAUUACAGCGAUAAUAAUGUACAUAAUUCAACAUACAUCAGUUAACAUCAAGUGUGUAGGAACAUCACAGAACGAAGAUAGGAAUGCAAUAAUUUUUAUAAUUAUUGAACAUAGUGUACAAAUAUAAAUAAUAACGUGUAUGAAGUUGAAUAAAUCGAAA